UUUUGCCCUAACAAGCUUUCUUCUUCUUCUCUCUCUCUCUCUCUCUCUACAUUAUCAGCUCAAAAUUCCACAACCCCUUUUGAGUCUUUCAACCAUCGGAUACCAAAUUUGUGAUCUUUCAGAUUCAAGAAAUCAGCAGACCAAGAUAAUUUGUUGAUAUUGAGGUGUGUAAACUGUAAAGAUGCCGAAAGAUAGAAGAGACCGAUCUGUGUCGGUUGACAGAUCUUGGACUUCUCCGUAUAUAUGUAACAGUAGUCACUCGAGGCGGUCAUUGACUAAAAGCCCUUUAGAAACCGAGAGCGUAAAAGAAUGGGAAGAAGCGAGAUGCCCUGUUUGUAUGGAGCACCCUCACAACGCCAUUUUGUUGUUGUGUUCUUCGCAUGAAAAGGGUUGUCGACCGUUUAUGUGCGACACAAGUUACCGUCACUCGAACUGUUUUGACCAGUUUCAGAAAGCGUCUUCUGAGAUGCAACAGUUGAUGGAUCAGCAAGAAACAACACCUGUUAUUUCUACGGAAACUGCACAAACCGCACAUUCGGGAACUUUGGAAGGCGGGUCUACUACGCCUGCGUUGAAGCUGGUCUGCCCGUUGUGUCGUGGGGAGGUGAACGGGUGGAUUGUGGUGGAGGCUGCUCGUUUGUUUAUGAACUCGAAAUCCAGAAGCUGUGCUAGCGAGACGUGUGACUUUUCAGGUACAUAUACGGACCUAAGGAAGCAUGCGCGGCUGGUGCACCCACUGGUCAGACCGUCUGAAGCUGACCCGGACCGUCAACGGGAUUGGAGGCGGUUAGAACGCCAGAGGGACAUCGGAGACCUGUUAAGUAGUCUUCAGUCUUCUAUAGGAGAUGAGAGGGGUGAAGAUAAUAAUAAUAAUAGAGAUAAUAGCACUAGUGCGUUAUCAUUUGAUGAAGGGGGAUGGAUGACUGUUUUUUUCUUGAUUAGGGUUUUUAGACCGCGAACUAGUUCAAGGAGCAGCAGCUGGUCCGGAACUUCUCGGGCCAGAGCCCAUGUGACCAUUAGAAGGAGACCCAGUACGCGGCUAUGGGGUGAGACUCAUAAUGACGAGCCCAGAGAUGACGAUAAUGAGUCCUCAGACGGGGGUUCGGGUCCCCCUGAUCUGCUGCCAAACGAUGAAUCUUGAUCUCAUUGUAAAAACAUAAUUGGAUGGAUCUUUGGCUCCUUCAUUCGAAGCACGUCUUGUGGAAAUGGAGGCUGCAUACUUUUAAGAGAAGAGAGAGCAAAAUGAAAAUGUAAUUUUACUUCAAACUUAUAUAUGAUUUGUUUAUACGUAAUCGCGUUAUAUCAUCCAUUACUUUCAUCUGUCAACUGAUCAUCUUAUUAUGAUUCCAUGGAAAAAGGCUCCCUUGAUUGCUUGAAA